AACAACCUGCCAAGAGCAUUCAGUUCUCCCAAACAAAUCACACAGGGCACAGUCAACUCACUCCCAGUCGCAAAACAAGUACAACACCAUCUACCACUUUCCACACAAUUUAGUACUGAAGAUAAUGAAUCGCAUCCUGGAGCAGGUGAUCCACCAGAACGCACCCGUGGUGGAUCGCAUACUAUCGGAGCACACCUUGGGAUACGUGGUCUCCGACAACGUGGCCAAUGCGGUGGCCGAAACGUCGUUCGAUAACACCAGUGCCCAGGCGAUCGUGAAGCAUCUGAACGGACUCCUGGUGGGCACCUGCCAAAGUGUGGUUCGGGACCUUGACCCCUCCAACAAACUGUGCUUCAUGCGCCUGGCCACUCGCAAGUUCGAGUAUCUGGUGGCCCCCGAGGAGUACUUCACCAUCACAGUGGUUCAGUGAGGGAAAAAUCGAAAAAUGGGGGUAUCGAUAAAAAUACCCCUAUCAUAAUACCAUUCAAGUUGAAUAUUCGAAGAGAAUGUAUCUUGUGCUAGACGGACUACUUUCAAAUUGCCCAAAAUUUGUAGGAAGAAUUUCCUCAGAUAGCGCGAAAAAGUUGUAGGAAAUUGUUUCCUACAAUUUUUAGGCAAUUGGCUGUUCCAGAGUAUAAAUUCAUCAUAUUGUCUCUAUGAAUAUUCUAAUGUUGUAAAGUCCAAGUCAAAUAAAUGAAGCUAUCUCAAAUAUAAAA